AUGGCCCCAACCCCAAAUACCCAGAAAGUUAGAUCUAGAGGACAUUCAGGUCCCAAAUCAAUAGUUAUGGUGUUCAUUCGAGUUGCCAAGAAAAUAGCUCACAAGAUGUCGUGGUUAUCUGCCUCCAUCGUAUUUGAAUUUUUCGCUCUUCUUCCCAUCCCGCAGAAUAAAGAUGUUCAGGUAGAGAACAUCCUCUCUGUUCUUCCAUUGGAACAUAGCGACUUUAUCAGGCGUUAUCUUCGUUUGGCUACACUUAAUAAUGUUCGAAUUCUUAAAGCCAUGGAUGAAAAACUGUUGAAAGCAAUCUGUGAACAUCUCAGGCCAAUCAACUACAAUGAGAACAAGGAUAUUAUUGGAGAGGGGGACCAACUUGAUAGGAUGCUUUUCAUCAGGCAAGGCAUUGCAUGGACGUACACAACAAAUGGCAAAGGUGGAAAGAUUGGUACUUCUAAGCUUCUGGAGAAGGGUGAUUUGUAUGGAGGAGAGCUUCUAAAUUGGGCAUCAAAUCUAAUUACGUCUCAUACUGUCUUACCCAUCUCGACCAGAAAUGUCAAGUCUGUGAGAGCAGUUCCAGCAGCCCACUCGGGCUCGGGCUUGGGGGGGGGGUGGGGGGGAGAGCCCAAAACGCCAUUCCAGCAACAAGUGCUGGCCCGGGCAGUGUGGGGUCCACUUGCCUAG